CUCUUUCCGCCAUUUUUCUCUGCCGGUGAGUAGCUACCUCUGAGCGUUCCAACACCAUCCGCUGGCAAUCGGCGCCAUCCUGCUGUCUGAGCCAUCAUGGUGCGCAUGAAUGUCUUGGCCGACGCUCUUAAGAGCAUCAAUAAUGCUGAGAAGAGGGGUAAACGCCAGGUUCUUAUCCGGCCGUGCUCCAAAGUCAUCGUUCGGUUCCUGACAGUGAUGAUGAAGCAUGGUUACAUUGGUGAAUUUGAAAUCAUUGAUGAUCACAGAGCUGGGAAAAUCGUUGUGAACCUCACUGGCAGGUUAAACAAGUGUGGCGUGAUCAGCCCUCGGUUUGAUGUGCAGCUGAAAGACCUAGAAAAAUGGCAGAAUAAUCUGCUCCCGUCCCGUCAGUUUGGUUUCAUUGUACUGACGACCUCAGCUGGCAUCAUGGACCAUGAGGAAGCAAGACGAAAACACACAGGAGGGAAAAUCCUGGGAUUCUUUUUCUAGGGAUGUAAUACAUUCAAAUAAAAUGCCUCAAUGGACUCUGCUGUUU